AUGUGGGAAAAAAUCAGUUUUUAUUGCCAGUGUUCUUUCAAGGGAAGUCAGGCAGGAAUAACAUGGAUGCUUUUAAGGAAGGAUGGUUUAGCGAAUUGGGAACUGUUGAUGGAGGACACGUUCUGUCGUUAGCUGUGGACGAAGUUCUUCAUCACGAACAAUCUAAAUAUCAAGAUAUAUUAGUAUUUAAAAGCAAGAAGUUUGGAAGAUGUCUUGUUCUUGAUAAUUCCAUCCAGUGUUCAGAAAGAGAUGAGUUUUCUUAUCAAGAAAUGAUUACUUUCUUACCUUUAAAUUCUCAUCCUAAUCCAAAAAAGAUUUUGAUAAUUGGUGGUGGAGAUGGAGGUGUGGUCCGUGAAGUUGCAAAGCAUCCUAACGUUGAACAUAUAAUUCAAUGUGAAAUAGAUGAGAAAGUGAUAGAAACUUCAAAAAAAUAUUUGCCUUUUAUGGCAGAAGGCUUUAAUAGUCCUAAGUUAACAUUAUUUAUUGAAGAUGGCAUAGAAUUUGUAAAAAAACAUAAACAGGAGUUUGAUGUGAUAAUAACUGACUCUUCAGAUCCCAAAGGACCAGCUGUCUGUCUGUUCCAAAAACCUUAUUAUGAAGCACUCAAAGAAGCUCUUAAGCCAGGUGGCAUUAUUUGCUCACAAGGAGAAUCUAUUUGGUAUGAUUUAAAUCUCAUUAAAGAUAUGGUAGACAUGUGCCAGACACUAUUUCCUGUGGUUGGUUACGCAUCCAUAUACAUACCAACAUAUCCCAGUGGACAGAUAGGAUUUCUGAUGUGUAGUCUAGCACCGGAGACAAAUUUUAGAGAACCUCGACGUAUAUUCUCGGAAGAAGAAUCUAAACUAAUGAGGCUACGAUAUUAUUCUUCCGAAAUUCACAGGGCAGCCUUUACACUUCCGGCAUUUAUCGAGAAGAAACUAUGGCAUUCGAACGAAUAGGGAAUUUGAAGUUCGGAUAGAAGUUACUAGGCGAUGUUGUGAUAGCCGUGCAAUAUCACACUGUUUUCCUAUGCCAGUUUGAGUGUAGGGACCAAAAACAAAACUCGAAGUUCUUCUAUUAACAAAUAUCAUUUCAAUCAAAAUUUAUUUUUAGCAGCAUGAAAAAAAUAUAUAGGCUCUAUUUUUUAAGUACUACAAUAUAAAAACUGUAACAUUAUAUUUAUAAGGAAAAAGGAAGUAUUUAAGACAAGUUUUAUAUUUCUGUAACAAAAUGGAAGGUAGUUUGCG